CAUUUGACUUAGGGCUUUAAGAAGUCUUUCCUGAUCAGGAGAGAAGACAAGAAUCCUCCAGUACAUUUGGUCAGCUGAGAGACUGGUAUCCAAACAGGGAAGAUCUUCUCUGACAAUUGUCAACAUUGUCCUAACCUCUGCCCUGUGCUUUGCUCUCCCGGGAGGUGGAAAAAAGCCAAGACUCCCAUAGAGAAUCCACCAAACCUGUCCUUUCAACCUUCUCUUUGUACCUACACCUUUAAGGUCUGCGUUUCAUUAAGUGGUUCAUAAUUCAAAGGUCACGUGUCACCCAGGCAUUCAGAGAACUAAGAAUUUUCUGCAUCCAUAUCCUUUAAUGUCCUUUAAACGUCUUGUGCCUUCAUGGCCUCCCAGCAGAUGUGGUCUCUGACCUUGGAGCCCAGUUUACAUCUUUGAGUGUAUUUUUUCUCUCUCUCUGGGUUCCAACCUGCAGAUAUUACGAAAGCAGUUAUGUAAGUUAUAAAUCAUGUUCAGGACCCACCAAAUAUGACGGUUAUGAAAGAGGAACACACAGACAAUGCAAGUUUUACACAAGGCACUUAUUAUCUGUCAAGCCAAAGUGUAUAUCACACUUUAAUGGACAGUGACUCUAAAAAAGUUCAUUAAAAAUGGCAUGUCAUUUAAUUCGCUUCCAAGCCUUUAAAUGCUGGCGGUGUGUCAGUUGUCUCUGUUCACAGUGAAGUCGUGGCCUUUAGCUUCUUCACAUUCCUCAUAGCUGCUGCAACAGGAGCAGCUCAUUAAAGAGUGGUGUGGCUGGUUUAGGUGAGGAGGCGUUGUCGCUGUAGGAGGAGCCGCUCAGUGCGUCUGGUUCACACUACACAGAGUCAGGCAUCUGGUUCCCUGUGCACCGCAUUGGUCUUCUGCGCUCCUCAGACUAUUUGGUAGUUUCUUCAUCACAGUGCUAUGCAAGUCUUGGACCGUCUGAUGGUUGAUGGCACAACAAGAAGACAUUUUUUUGAAAACACAGUCCUGUUUUACUUGAGGCUUGGACCUUUGGUAGCAGCAGCUAGCAGAUUCUUGAGCCAUGCAGCAGAUAGUGAUACUGCGGAACAAGGGGGUUUUAAUGAGGCCUCCAAUUAGUGGCUACUAAUCUGUCUGAUUUUUGUCCCGGUCGAUGGGAGGGACUUCCAGCUGCCAUCAGGAUUCUUCACUUAUUCUUUCAAGGCUUUGGUGAUUCUGUGGAGCAGCUGAGUUAGUAAUCAUGGUUGGGACAGGGAGUACUGAUCUGGCUCCAUCUGCUGCUGUCAAGAUCUUCUCAGCUGGAACAGCUGGGUGUGUAGCUGAUCUGGUCACUUUCCCCUUGGACACAGCCAAAGUCCGGCUGCAGAUUCAAGGUGAAUCUCAGCCUCUGGUGGCAGGACACAGAUACAGAGGCGUGUUUGGCACCAUCUUCACCAUGGUGAAAACUGAGGGGCCUCGGAGUCUCUACAGUGGACUGGUGGCCGGACUGCAGAGACAGAUGUGUUUUGCCUCCGUUCGCAUUGGCCUUUAUGACACCAUCAAAGAGCUCUACAGCGGGGGGUCUAAAGAUGUAGGAAUCGGGACUCGACUGUUGGCUGGCUGCACCACAGGGGCCAUGGCCGUAUCCUUUGCUCAGCCCACCGAUGUGGUCAAGGUGAGGUUUCAGGCCCAGGUCCGCAGCUCCGGAAGUGGUUCUGGAACCAGAUACGCCGGCACUAUUGAUGCCUACAAGAGCAUCGCCAGGGACGAGGGCAUCAGAGGGCUGUGGAAAGGUUGUUUACCGAAUAUAACUCGUAACGCCAUUGUCAACUGCUCUGAGCUGGUGACGUAUGACAUCAUCAAAGAACUAAUCCUGAAGCAUGACAUAAUGACAGACAACAUGCCGUGUCACUUCACGGCAGCCUUUGCAGCCGGUUUCUGCACGACCAUCGUAGCUUCUCCAGUGGACGUGGUGAAGACCCGCUACAUGAAUUCAACGCCUGGACAGUACAAAGGAGCCAUCAACUGUGCCUUCACCAUGCUCAUCAAAGAAGGGCCCACAGCAUUCUAUAAGGGCUUUGUGCCCUCCUACCUACGCCUGGGAUCCUGGAACAUUGUGAUGUUUGUAAGCUACGAGCAGAUAAAGAGAGCAGUGGUGAGAGUUCAGCAGAUCUGCUCCUAGUCCUGGUCUCUGACAGCAGACAUGUUACUGGAGUGAUAGGAUCUGCCAGCUGCUAGUCUGGACCUGUUCUAAUUCCUCGAAAGUCAGGUCAUACUGUAAAGAUAGACAGAUGGAAAUGUUCACUGACUAACUCGUAAGAUGUUAGGGUUGUUUUUUUAGUUUGUUUCUUUUUUGUCAGCCUGGAGGCUAAAAACAUCUGACUUUAGCUUUAACCUGUAGAGUCAGUUGUCAGUGUUUACAGCUUGAACAUGGUCCGUGUUUUGGACCAAAGGCAGCCAUUUAUAAGUGACAUCAUCUCAGAAAUAAUUUGGAUAAUAUUUUCCUGUAAAAUUUAAGGCCUAAAAAAAUUAAAUUGAAACUAAGUUGUUGGUGAUACUUAGUCACUGCAUACAUUUAAUUAAGUUCAAUAAUUAGCCACCUAAAGAAGAUUAAGUGCUUAAGACCGAUGUGUUUUACCACUACAUUUCUUAUGUGUUUUUUAACACGUAUUAUUUUGCACAGAUUUAUUUCAUCGAGAUUAGACCUUCAUAUUUUGUGACACUUUCCUACAAUUUACCUCAAACCUCAACCUCAAAUCUCUGCUGUAAUUCUUUCUACAAAAAAGCAGCUAGGUACUAAUUGUUUGCAGAUGAAUUCUAUGUGAUUUCUAAAUUAAACCAACAGAACAUUUCUAAAAUAUAUUUUGAAUAAAAGGAAGAAAUAAAUAAAAUGUCCCAAACCUCAAUAAAACAAGUUUAUAUGAUAAGUAGCAACUAGCAUAAAUAUAUAUACUUAAUAAUGUUAAAUACGACCGUGUAAAUGUCACAAGUGAAAAAAAAUACAAACUACUAUUUGCAUAUCAUUGUCUAUGAUUUCAUGGCGCUAAAGAUUUCAUGAAAAAAUUAAAAAGCGGAAUGGAUGAUGCUGUGAAAGGCACAAAAUCCCGGGAGAAACUGUUAAGGGAUUUUAAGGGUAUUUCUUUUUUGGGUUGGUUGGUUGUUUUUUUUUUCUCUUUACACUCCAUGAUUUAUACGAUUAUUGUUCAGUCUUAUGAAGACACAAAAUAAAAAAUUACACCAUU